CAACUCACCACACCAUGGCUUGUUGUGUUCCCCGCUGCUGCAGUGUCCCCACCGGCCCUGCCACCACCAUCUGCUCCUCUGACAAAUGCUGCCGAUGUGGAGUCUGCCUGCCCAGCACCUGCCCACAUGAGAUCAGCCUCCUUCAGCCUACCUGCUGCGACACCUGCCCCCCACCCUGCUGUGAGCCUGAUACCUAUGUGCCAACUUGCUGGCUGCUCAACUCUUGCUACCCAACUCCUGGACUGAGCGGGAUCAACCUGAUGACCUAUGUCCAAUCUGGCUGUGAAAGUCCCUGUGAGCCCUGUUAACCAGUCAAGUCUUUGCAAAGGUUCAGUGAUGGAGCUGGCCAAUGUCCUCUGCAACAUCU